AUGUCAGACGAAGCUCACCAAGAGAACCAACAAUUAGAAACUCACAAUGCUGAGUUCAAUCAUUAAUAGGAACAUCAUUAACAUCAAGAGGAAGGCAAUCAUUAUGCUGAAAUCGACCACAACUUAAAUGAAAAAGGACAUCAUGAUCAUCAACAUGAGGAUAAUUCUAAUGCUUAAACCCACGAGCAACACUAACAUAAUGAUCAUCACGAGCAUGAACAUCACGAGCAAGAAUUAGACCACAAUUAACCUUAAGCCCACAAUCAUGAUCAAGAGCAAACUUAUCAAGAAACUCAACCAGCUGUUCAUAAUAAUGAUGACAACAUUGAUGCUCCUCAAACUCAUCAUGAGCAUCACGAUGCACAUGUUGAAAAUCACGAACAUCAUCAUCAUGAAGAGCAUAACCAUGAGCACCAUCAUCAUGAACAUGAGCACAAUCAUGCACAUGAUCAUAACCACAAUCAUGAGCACCAUCAUGAUCAUGAGCAUGAACAUCAUUAUGAUUAAAAAGAGGAUUCCAAGACUGGAGACAAUGUCGUUGAAGUUUAAGCCAAGGAUGAGCAAAUCACCGAAGUAGACCAAAAGAUCAAGGACAUUUAGGAGAUGUAAAAGCAAACCACUGAUGGAGAAGUUGAGAGAAAAAGUGAAAAGGCAAAGAAGGGCCUUACCAACAAGGAUGUGCUUGAUGAAGACUAAAAUAAGAAAACAAAGAAGAAGUCUGUUAACUAGACAGAGGAUACUUGCAAAUGCACAAUUUUCUGA